AUGUAUAUUAACCUAGAAGCAUUGGAACAAGAACAUAAAAUUAACUUACGUGAUGAACACCAAGAAGCUUUGUCAGACUUACAACUGAAACGAAAAGAAGCAGCAACAGUUGGAGAAGAUCAAUCAUUAUCAAAACAAAAGUUGAUUUUAAAUGAUUCACCGGUUAUCAAUCCUCGGAGUCGACCGCAUGGUAAGACAUCGUUGGUUUCUUAUAAGCAAAAAGACAACAAAAUUGCUCAAGAGAAAAAUAAUAAAAGAACUUAUAAUCGAGUAUCACCUGAUCUUAAAACAUAUAAACAUAAACGUCAUAAAAAAGUUGAAUCUGCUCGCGAUGUAUACGAUAGCACAAUUUGGCUAACCGAUUUACAUAUACAUUUAUUUUUUGAAUUACUACAAAAUCAAUUUUCAAAUAUUAAUGGUUUAUGUGGCCCUGCACAAACACAUUUAUACGCAGGUUCAUUAGACAAUUCGAUCUUUAUUUUCAAUACAAACAACAAUCAUUGGUUAACAAUUGCAAGUUUAGACUCUGAUAAUAUUUGGAAAAUUUAUGACUCUUUAUCUUAUCCAGAAGAAUCUUUAGUUAAAUUUUUUCAAGACAUAUUACCUAAUGAAGAAAAAGUUGUUUUAUCAUUUGCAAGCGUACAGCAACAAGUUGGUGGGAAUGAUUGUGGAUUAUUUGCAUUAGCUUUUGUCACGUCUCUUUGUUAUGGAGAUAUUCCAUCAGUGUUAUUUUACGAUCAGAAAUCUUUACGUAGUCAUUAUGUUAAUUGCAUUGAAAAUAAUGAAAUACAACCAUUUCCUUCAAAAUCUAGGAGAGGAAGCACUAGAAACAAUUGUAAAUUAGUUGAUCUCUAUUUGAAUUAG